GGAACGCGUCAUCUUAAUGGCCGAUUGAAGAACCGUGCGCGUAUUCCCGUGUGUGUCGACAGCAGCGCUCUUGCCGUGGUGUACGUGAAUGCGUGCUCCCGGUACCAUCUUUGUCCAUCCGUUUUUACGACCCUGUGUGUGCGGCAGGCACGCACGGCCACGGUCAAACGGUACACCCAGUCCCCUGCUGCUCAUCCCAACCCCGAUCCAACCGGGAGUGUGGGACAGUACGGUUGCGCCUGCUCCCAGGGGGAAGAAGAAAAAGUGCAACGACGGCUAUACGUGGUGCGAGGAAAAACUACGCGAAAAUACACACAAGGGCGGGGUGGCAAAAUCCGCACUGUGAUCGGCCGACUCCAGUCUGUCGCCGUGGUGAGGCAAGGAUGAUUCUCAGUUGCGCGACGCAAGUGAGAUGAAAAGUGUGCAAAAGUGAAUUGGUUGCGGAGGGAGAGAAGGAGUACCUAGAAGGGAUCGUCCUACAGGCUACGCUGCUCGGAUGAUGGUGGUGUCAAAUUAAACGCCCGAAAUAAGUGCAAUCAAGUUGGCGGUAACAAAAUUUUUACGUUUGGUUAUCGUUUCCGUUGUCGCGUGGUGGAACCCGUGUUUGAUGAAUCUUCCUCUUCACCGGUGCACUUCCGUUCGCUUGCUACGGUAGCACUGCCACUGGUACACGGGACAAACACACAAUCACACGCACGCAUGCACGGAGCCAAGAGGAAGCGGUGGUACAACUAAGACGAAGGCUGGAGAUACAUAAAAAAAAAACACAACACGCCUACUGUGAACGCGGAGGAUUUGACCCGACGAACUUCACCGCUUUGAUUGCACGCUGGCCGUGUGUUCUACGUCGAUCGGUUGGAAGUGAAAUGUGUGUGCGUAUGUGUUCGUGGAGUGCCUCCAGGAAGUGUGAUCCGAGAUUGUGAGAAUCUCCGGUAGCUUUACGGCCGGAAAAAAAUCAUCUACACCCCUCUUUGACAUCACAACCACCACUACUCCUUUUCGCGAGUUUUUUUUUGCGCUAACGGUGGAGUACAACCUUCACGGGUGGUGUGGAUAGUGGCAUUUUGUGAUAAUUGAAUUAGUGCAAUAAUAUAGGCGACCGCCAGGCAGUGGUGUGAGAGGAGAUACGUGGCUUUAUGUCCGGAUAGCCAGUACUCACGUGUGAAUAACGCGCGACAACGACAGUGCGGAACAACGCGGAAAAUUACACCGCGCUUGAAGGAGACAGCUACAACAAAUUCCUCCCCGAAGCCAAAAGUAAAUCCUUUCCAGUGUGAAUCGGUGAAGAAAUCGGUAGCAAAAAGAAAAAGGUGAUCGUAUCGGGGGCGAGUAAAGCUUGUCGAAGUUGAAGAAAUAAUAUUGUGCUGCAACCGGUGUUGUGUGUUGAUCGGACGCGUGUCGACCAUUGUGCAGUGAGAGCUUAAGACGUGCCGAAUCCGCCACACCGUGCUGCAAUAAAUACAACAACAACAACAACAACAACAAAAGUCAUACCAACCAAGGAUAACGGAAGCCGCCGGAAGCGCGAUCCAAUCUCGCCAGCAUGGAGUGCUGCCUGUCCGAGGAAGCCAAAGAGCAAAAGCGCAUCAAUCAGGAGAUUGAGCGGCAGCUGCGACGGGACAAGCGGGAUGCGAGGCGAGAGUUGAAGCUGUUAUUGCUGGGUACUGGUGAAUCGGGUAAAUCAACAUUCAUCAAGCAGAUGCGUAUUAUUCACGGCAGCGGCUACUCGGACGAGGACAAGCGGGGCUUCAUCAAACUAGUAUACCAAAACAUCUUCAUGGCGAUGCAGUCGAUGAUACGAGCGAUGGAUCUGCUGAAGAUACUGUACAGUGAUCCGGCAAAUAUCGAGCAUGCCGAGCUAAUACGAAGCGUCGACUUCGAAACAGUGACCACAUUCGAACCGCCAUACGUUCAAGCAAUCAAAGACUUAUGGGCCGAUGCGGGCAUCCAGGAAUGUUACGACCGAAGGAGAGAGUAUCAGCUAACAGAUUCCGCCAAAUACUACUUGAGCGAUUUGGCACGUAUCGAACAGGAAGAUUUUCUCCCAACUGAGCAAGACAUUCUAAGAGCUAGGGCACCAACAACGGGCAUUUUAGAGUAUCCAUUCGAUUUGGAUAGCAUCAUCUUUAGGAUGGUAGACGUCGGCGGACAAAGAUCUGAAAGAAGGAAAUGGAUCCACUGUUUUGAGAAUGUAACAUCAAUCAUAUUCUUGGUUGCACUGUCGGAGUACGAUCAAAUUCUGUUCGAAUCCGAAAACGAGAAUCGAAUGGAAGAAUCGAAAGCUUUAUUUAAGACCAUUAUUACGUAUCCAUGGUUCCAACAUUCGUCGGUGAUUCUGUUCUUGAACAAAAAGGAUUUGCUGGAGGAAAAGAUCAUGUAUUCGCAUUUGGUAGAUUACUUCCCCGAGUACGAUGGACCACAAAGAGAUGCAAUAGCUGCCAGAGAAUUUAUACUUCGCAUGUUUGUAGACUUAAAUCCCGAUUCGGAGAAAAUAAUUUAUUCACAUUUCACUUGUGCGACAGACACCGAAAAUAUCCGGUUUGUGUUCGCCGCAGUCAAGGACACGAUACUUCAGUCCAACCUAAAGGAGUAUAAUCUGGUCUGAACUCGGAGAGGCAACAGUGCUUGCUUGCCAUUGGCACCUGCGUUUCGGUACCGAUUACAACAGAAGCAUAAUGGUGAACGAUCGCUGGCGAUGAUCUCGUUAACGUCAAAGGUGUGGUAUCCCUUCAUCAUUAUUCGCCUUUGGUGCCAUUCUACUGGAACUCUAUCGUCAUUGUUACCAACAAACCAACAAUUACUUCAUCUAUGUGCGGAAGUGUCAAAGCAGCCAGCCAAAUCCGUCACCCAAGGAGCAUCAUCCCGGACGAUAGAGCUGGAUCGAAGAAACGGGCAGCAGGUUCCUUACAUACACCUCCACAUCAUUCUUCGUCAUCGUCAUUAUCAUCACUACGAUCGCGAUCAUCAUCGUUAUUUACAACAACACGUACAUGUGCAUAGCAAUAAGGGACAGCACGGCCACGACGGACACGACGCCGCUGCACAGUGCAGCCGGAAUCCUUUCCACAUGGCGCUGCUGGUGGUAAUGCUAGCGUGAAUGAAAGCGCGCAUUGUCUUGUCUGACCGCAAUAGUCACCCGUUUUUAUUGAUUGACCCCUUUAGCUGAAUGUCAGAUCUGUCAAAUCUUGGCGGGGCAAACAAAAGUGAUUGUGUGCGAAUAUAUUGUGG